CGUGGCAACAGCGCAACGUGGCAACACCGCUGGCUGUCGAUGCUGUGACACUCAGUCGCCGACCGACCGCCGAGGAGGAAGCAAUGCUGUGGGUCCUGCUGCUCUACUUGUCAUGUAUUGUAUUACAGCCGUCCAGUGCUUACGUGGAGGAUUACUACUGCGGCGAGCACAACUGUUAUGAACUGUUGGAACUCACACGAGAUGCGACGAAGCAGGAGAUUAAGAGGGCCUUCCGCUCAGUGGCCUCAAAGACCCAUCCGGACAAAUUUCAAGACCCAGAGGAGAAGAGGGUAGCAGAGGAGCGGUUCCAACUUCUAUCCACAGCGUACGACAUCUUAAGGGACGAUGAAGCAAGAGAAGAUUAUGAUUACAUGCUUGAUCACCCUGAACAGUUCUACCAAAAUGUAUACCGAGCGUGGCGCAGGCGCAUGGCACCUCAUGUCGAUGUCAGAAUUGUGCUUGCCGUUACCAUAUCCUGCAUCUCUUUGGUUCAGUACUACAAUGGAUGGACAAAAUACGAGGAAGCCAUCAAGCACUUCUCCACGGUUCCCAAGUACAGAAUCCAUGCCAUGGAGAUAGCCAAGAAGGAGGGGAUGCUCAUCACAGACAAGAAGAAGCUGAAGGGCAUGUCCAAGGAUCAGAUCAGAGAGCAGGAGGAGAAGGUGAUUCGCCAGGUCAUCGAAAAGAAGAUGGACAUUCGGGGCGUUUACGCGAAACCCACGUACAGGGAUAUUUUGUGGGUGCAGCUAGUGCUCCUUCCAUAUUGGACGUUUCAGUACAUUUCUUGGUAUGCCCGCUGGGUUUGGAAAUUUGGCAUUUUACGGGAAGAGUACGGAGAUGAAGAGAAACUGUACAUUAUCCGGAAAAAUAUGGGCAUGAGCGGCGGACAGUUUGAUAGUUUAGAUGAGGAGAUAAAGUUACAGUACCUAGACAUGGAGUUGUGGGUGAAGGAGAAAUUCAAGGCCUGGAAGGAGGAACGUGACAUGGAAUGGCGGGUCAAGAUGGCGUCGUCGGGCCGCUACAAGUCCUACCGCCGUCACCUGAAAAACAAUGGACCUGGUCGCAUAUACUUUGAUGAUUCUUAGAUUGUGAGCUUACGUGCUUUUGUUUGUUGAAAGCAUAAUGAUAACUUACUUUCACUGAUAAGGGUAUUACCUCAGCCUUCCAAGUUUAGCUCUAUUUGUACAGUGUAAAUUGUAAAUGAUAGCAUUCUCAUAGGUCUUGGUUUUGCAGCCGCACGUACAGGCCUUUCACACUGACAUGUGGUCAAAGUAGUAAGGGCGUUUGCAAGUUUCUUUUUGUCCUUGGCCGUUUUAUUUCGUGAACUACUACUUAAUUAUUACUUUUUGUCAUUUUAUUCUUUCUUUCGAUGGAUGAUUUUUUUUAAUGUUUACUGAUACCAGAUAUGGUGCUGUUACAUUUUAACUUUGUCUUUGCUGGCCUGAGACCAAAUGGCAACACGUUUCAUCUGUUAUUACCUUAAGCCAUGAGUGCCAUAUCCAUGUACAGUCAGCUAUAAACUAAAGAUGUUAUUUACUGUGUAUAUAGAAAUACCCCAAGAGUGUAAACAAGAAUGCCUCGGUAGAUAUUUGGUACUGUCAACUUCUGAGCUUUGGGUAAAUCAGGUUUCAUUCCGUGUCGGCUAAAAUAAUUUACUUAUUUUCCGUAAUUCCCUUGUUUGUUUCUAAGUUGUUUCCUCUGUGAACUUAGUAAUUGCCAGUAAACAGACAAUAGACUAGUAGGAACCACAUCUGUCAUGCCUUGACAUUUUAUAUGAGUGCUUGUCCAUAAUUUGCGGCAACUUUUAUCAUGAAAGCAGAUGAAAUGUUAUCAGACGAUUUGCCAGUAUUGUGAAAUGACUACUUGUUGGGAAAUAGUUCAGUGAUUUCCUUUUUUCUAUUUAGAAUAUGCUGUGGAUGCAAGAAGUUAGGAUAUCAAUUCUUUGUGACAGUUGUUGUUAAUCAUUAUCAUUAUUAUAAUUAUCAUUAUCAUUCUUAAUGAUAUUAUCAAUAUAUAUGAGAAUAUUAUCCUGGAUGGAUGGGAUUUGUGAAUUGCAGGGGAUACAACAAAAUGAUACAGGCAAUUGAUCUAUUUACGAUACCUGAUCUGUCUUGAGUUAGUCUCACGAUUUACCACUGGUAUAUGAAUGCAUUGACAAGGUAUGUAGAUUUCCUUAAUUUCGUGUCCAUCCAUGUACUUAAUGCCACCAUGAAAGAGGUUGAUGAACAAAUCCCGUAGCAAACAAACUGAUGGGUUCGUGUUGGAAGGCAGAGUUUGGAUUUGACCUUAGUGCUUAGUGAUCAUAAGGGUUAUUGUCAUUACCAUCGUCUUUGUUAUUUUUGCUAUUAUAGUCUCUUUUACAAAAAUCAAAAUAUUGUAAUACUACAAUUUCUACAGUUGGUUGUGCAUCUCUUCCUUAUUUUGAUGUAGGUUAGAUAUUUUCUCUUUUAUUAUGUAUUUCAUUAUUUAGAAAGAAAAGAUAUGAUUUGUUCCAUCGUUAGCAUGACAGAAGGAGAGGAAUUAUUAGCACCGGUUUGACCCAAUGCGACUUGGAUUUCCUGGAAUGUCUUUGGAUUGUGUAUUUUAAUUGAGCUCAAGGACUGUCCACCUCGAGUCAGAUGUACCAGUUUCAUCAUCUCCCUUGUUUUGAUACAGAGAGCAAACCAAUCAAAUCAGUUUUGAAAUACUUCCUUCAUAGGUAUGUUGUAUCAUUUUCAUAAUUUGUUUAGUUAUUGUGUCAGCUAAACAAUGUUUUUUUUCUGAUUUAAUCAGUCUUUCCAAAACGUCUCAUAGUCCUAUUAUACAAGAACUUCAUAGAACAUUAAUUUUUAGAGAGAAAAAGAUCUAUAAUUAGUGUAAACAAGAGAACACAAAUGGCAUAUUCAUAUUCCACAAAGGCUUCAUAAAUCUGUAUGUACAGAACCAGAUGAAGGCAUGUUGAUGUCUUUGCACAGCCCAGCAUUGGUGCUUCCCUCGCAUUUCCGUUUGGUUCAAACAACUUCAAGGUCAGAUAAUCUCAAAUACAACAUUUUAUAAUUUUAUACAACGGUAACCUCUUGUAAAUGAGUGAUUUCUUCUGAUAAAAGAUUUUUAUUCUUGACCACUGGAACUUACCUGGCUAAUGUGAAAAGGAAACUAUAUGAGGAAUUACAAAGACAGAAAACAGCUGAUGGAGUUCUGUUACAGAACCAGCUUUGUUUGCCCUCAAGUGUGGCAGUGAGAGUUAGCCAAGAUAGCUUGUGGAAAAAUCUCUUAGUACCCCGUGCAUGGUCACAUUUUGUUUAAUCCAAUCCUGACCUUUUGGAAUUGUGAUUCUUCCACAACGUUGGUUGAUUGUGCACUAAAAGGAAAAGGUACACUGUACAAGAAGCUUGUAAGUUUAGUCAGAAAAGCCAGUUAUUUAGAAAAUGUCAACAUAGAUGUGGCUAGAUUUUGUCAUAAGUAUUUACUUUGAAAGGAUACAUGUUGAUGAUACUGUUAAUUGUAGGCCUCACUGCCAGUUUGCUGCCGAAAGUAUUGUAAAAAGUCUUAACAUCCAAACAUGAUGGGUUUUAAGAGCUCUCAUGAACAAAAGAAAACCAGGGUGUUAAAAAGUGAACAGUGAUACUAACUAUAUAUCUCUCGCAAGUGCUCCCUCCGGAAUGACUGACCGUUUCAGGAGUCAUUUCCAUUGGCAUAUUUGUCUUGUGAUGAAAAAAGAAGUGAGGUAAUGGCAAGCAGGAAUGUCUUUUCUUAGUGACUAACCGUUUCUUUAUUAAUGGUACUGAUAUUCCGAAAGUUUCUGAUGCAUUAAUUUUUAUUACUAUUAUUAUUAUUAUUAUUAUUUAUUAUAAUUAUUACUGCUUAAUCUAUUUAACUUUUUUUUGGGGAGGGGACAUUAAAAUAAAUGUAUGAUGUAGGGCAAUUGGUGAUACUGCACUUGAUAUUGUAAGUUGCAAAGAAUUUAAUGGUUGUACUUGGAUGUAGAGAUUUAUCAUAUAUAAUAUAAUUUCCAGAUUCUAGCUCUCUGCACUUGUAUCUGUUCUGUUCACUCUGGGAAUGACAAAAAGUGUUUUUUUAGCAUUUUCUCUUUCUUCCUUUUCCGUUUCUGGUGUACCGUAUAAGCCACUCUCUUCAAGUUCUCCUCUCGUGCACAAUUUCACAAGAAGUCGAGUGUUCUUCGAAUUACUCACACACGGUAUUAACGACUUUGUUUUAGAGUAUUGGAUGCGUAUUUUUUCCACCCGUUCGGACCAAGGAGAAUCUCACAUGGUGCUGUGCUGUGUAGUGGUGUUCAGUCGUCCUUUGGCUUUCUUUAUGGUCAUUAUUGUUUUCUUAUUUAUUGCUACUUUACCUUAGUGCUGGAUGACCUUCGGUGUCGAGCACAUUCAUUUGUUUGGUGCAUUAAUGUUAACAUUGUUUAUUGCUAUUGGUAUUAUUAGUGUCAUUAUUAUUGGUAUUAUUUUUUAUUAUUUUUUAUUUUUAUUUUAUUACUAUUACUUAUUGUUUAUU